AUGUCAGUUCAAGAGGAAUUUGAAAAAGCUGCUCAAGAAGUAAAAGAAUUAGCAUCAGAACCAUCAAAUGAAGACAAGUUGAUACUUUACGGUUUAUUUAAACAAGCUACGAUUGGAAAUUGCAAUAUUGAUAAACCAGGUUAUUUUAAUCUGAAAGACAAAGCGAAAUGGGAUGCGUGGAACGCAAAAAAAGGAACGUCCAAAGAGGAUGCCCAGAAAGAUUACAUAAAAAAAGUAGCUCAAUUAAUAGAGUCUAUUGGAAAAAAGUGA